AUGAUGACCCGUGAAGACGAAGAUUCCGAUGAUAUUGUUGAACCCACAACAGACGGCUUGUCCGUCAUGAGAGCAGCUACAACCUCGUCAUCUUUAAAGUCCCAUCAUGACCUUCCACUACUUUCCAUCAACAACCAAUCAUCAUCACCAUCGGGAAAAUAUUUUCAAAUUGAAUUAGGAGAAGAUGAUUAUAUCAAUGAUAUUCAUUCUCCAGCCAUGUUCAAACCUCCGACACCCAUCAGUCCAACAAGUAGUCUUGCUUCUAAUGCAAAACAUUUAUUUGGACAAGUGAAGAAACAACAAUCAACGACGUUACAAGCAAUAUUGAAUGAAUAUUGCGACUUGACCAUGUCUACUUCUACAGCUUCUUUGGAAGGAGUUUCAGAAGUGGAUGACGAAACUUGUAAAUAUGUGCAUGAAAUUGCAUCAAUCAGAGGAUUGAGACAUCAAUUUUAUUUGGAACUUGUGUUUUGGAUUUUAGUUGCCUCGACUGCUGGUUUAUUGCUCGUGUGCUGUCGAUGGAUAAAGUGGUUACGAGCUUAUUUAACUUAUACUUACAGCAAUAAUAGAGGAGAAUCUUUUGAAAAUGCAACAAAAGUAAUUAUUGAGUCAAAAGACCUCAGAGAGUGGACAAUAUGUAAAAUUAAGAAAGGAUACAUUAGAAAUUAUGAUGUUGACCAGAGAGCUUCAAUAGAACCUAUUAGAAUUAGAUACUUUUUGUACAGAAAUUUAGUAUUUAUUUAUGAUCCUGAUCUGGAUAGUUUUCAUAGAGUUCGGUUUAACACAUCCCUACCAUACUCUACAAUUCAUAAAAUGGCAGAACAAGAGGCUGAAAACGAAAGAGACUUGCGAGAAUUACUGUUUGGAAAAAACUCAACACAGGUUCCAAUGAAAUCAAUGAUACAAAUUCUCUUGGACGAAAUUUUGCAUCCAUUUUACCUUUUCCAAAUUUUAAUAUUAGUGCUAUGGUUUAUCGAGAGAUAUUAUAUUUAUUGCAUUACGAUUAGCGUAGUUUCUUUGAUUGCUGUAUUUUUCAGUUUUUGGCGAACACAUGACAACUUGAAAAAGUUGAAGGAAAUGACCUCGUACCAUUGUUACGUGAAUCGUCUUACUCAACGAGCUCCUUCAUCUUUCAAUAGGACUAUAUAUUCUGAAGAUCAAACCAAAAAGAAUGAAGAAAUUGAAACCAUGGACUCAUUAGAUUUAACUCCAGGAGAUAUUAUUGAAAUUACAAAUGGUAUGGUCAUGCCCUGUGAUGUCAUCUUGUUGGGUGGACAGCUGAUUGUCAACGAGUCCAAGCUCACUGGCGAUAGCAUUCCUGUCAAGAAACGUGCACUACCACGAGUCGAUGAUAGUAUUUAUGAUGCAUCCAGGGACUCAACAUAUACUGUGUACUCGGGAACUACAGUGCUUUCUUCACAACCAUCACAAAGAGGACUCUUUACCAACAAAUGUUAUGGAAUAGUAAGCCAAACUGGAUUCCACACGCAGAAGGGAAAAUUAAUUCUCUCUAUCCUCUAUCCAAAGACUGGGCAGUUCAACAUUUACCGAGACUCAUUCAAAUUUCUUUUUGUUCUCGUAUUUUCUGGAAUUGUAGGAAUGUUAGCGACAAUAAUUACCAUGGUUAAAGCAGGUCAGCCAAGUGGUAACAUUAUACUCCAUAUUUUAGACAUUAUUUCUAUUACUGUCCCUCCAUCAUUGCCAAUUGCAAUGACCACGACUGUGACAUUCACAAUGAGACGACUCGCCAAAAGAAGAAUUUUCUGUACCUCUCCUGCACGAGUGAAUAUUUCUGGCUAUGUGAAGAUUGUAAUUUUUGACAAAACUAACACCUUAACAAAAAGAGAUAUUGACGUGAAUGGUGUAAUACCGUCACAGAGAGGAAAUUUUGGACACUAUGUCAAGAAAAAAGAUUUCACAACAGCAUUUUCGACCGAUAAUGCUUUACUGCGCUGCCUUGCAUGCUGUAAUGAUUUAGCCCGUAUCAAGACAAACCUUGUGGGAGAUCCUCUCGAUAUUGCUUUAUUUAGCUCUACCAAUUGGGAUAUCCAAGAAUAUUCUGAAUCUGCAACAGAGCAAACUCUAUUAUAUCCCAAUCACAAUCAUCAUGAUGAUACUCAAGAUCAUUCAUUUUCUAGAAUAAUGGUGAAUGAAUUUAAGAGCAGCCUUCAACGAAUGUCUGUAGUGGUGCGAGACAACUCCACUGGAGAUGUAUGGUGUUUUGCAAAAGGAAGUGCGGAAUCCAUUAAAUCUAUUGCAAAACAUUCUAGCAUUCCUGGAGAUUUUAACCUUGUACUUCGAAAGUUUGCACAAAAAGGAUAUCGUAUUUUAGCUUGUGGAGUUAAGAAAAUCAAUGAAGAAAGAUAUUCCUCAUUACAGAAAUCUAUCAACUCCAUGACUCGAGAGGAGAUUGAGAGUGACUUGGAAUUUAUAGGGUUUACACUCGUAGAAAAUAAGGUCAAGAAAGGAGCAUUUAAAGCCGUAAAAACCCUCACUGAUUGUAACAUCAAAUGCAUCAUGGUCACUGGAGAUAACCCAUACACUUCCAUUGCUAUUGGAAAGAAAUCUCACAUUAUCGAAAGCAGAAAAUCAAUCUUUCUAAGCGAAUUGAAAGAAAAUAUGGAAGCUGAUAAGACCAUUCAUACCAGCAGCUCCAACUAUUCACAAAAUGUUUUUUGGAGAAAUGUGGAUACCAACCACAAAAUUUCAACUCAAGAACUUCUCGCCAUGCAAAAUAUUGAUCUAGUCAUUACUGGGGAAGUAUUCGAAUUUGUCUUGAAAGAACAUCGCAAAUUUGUGAAAAAUACUCGAAGAGAGCCAUACAUUAACACGAAAAAACCCUCUCUGUUACAUGUGAUUUUAACAUCAUGCAACAUUUACUCUCGGUUUUCACCAUACAAUAAGAAGUUAUUAGUAGAAGAAUUACAAAAGAUGAGUUAUGAUGUUGGAAUGGUUGGAGAUGGAUCCAAUGACUUGUUUGCCUUACAAACUGCUCACACUGGAAUUUCUUUGGCCGAUACAGAGACAUCCAUUGCAGCUCCUUUCACAAGUCUUAAACCAAGAGUUUCAUCGAUUGUGACUCUGAUUCGUGAAGGAAGAGCUAGUUUAUUAACAUUCUUUCAAAUAUUUAAAUUUACUGCACUUUACGCAAUUACUAGAAUCAUUACGGUACAAAUAUUGUUGCAACGUAAUUGCAAUUUAAGCAACUUCCAAUAUUUAUACAUUGAUUUAUUUGUUAUUUUACCUACCACACUCUUGAUGACAAGAACAGAUGCAAGUUUAGCGUUGAAGCGAGAAAAACCUCCCAAUACUCUCAUUUCUAGAUUUAUUUUCUUGUCACUGUUGGGACAUGUACUGCUAGCUUAUGGAUUUUUGUGGAUGGUUUGGACAGAAAUUGAGAAAGAGCCUUGGUUUCAUGGAACGUCAGAAAUCAAGUUUAAAAUCUAUAGAGAUAUUCAUUUGAGGUCAUAUGAAGCGACGGUCAUGUUUUUCAUUUGCACAUUUUGCAUUAUCAAUAUUGCCAUCUGUAUGAGUAUUAGUAAGCCGUUCAAGUUGCCAAUUAUAACCAAUAAUUUUACCUUCACCUUCUUUAUUAUUGUGUUAUAUGUAAUGACUGCCUAUUUGCUGUUCUUACCCACACAAUGGAUGAGAAAUACUGUAAAGUUAAUCUCGUUUCCGCUGUACUACAAGUUUCGAAUCAUAAUGUAUUCACUGGGACAUCUUGCUGUUAGCUACUGUUGGGAAAUGAUGUUAAUUGUGAGUCCAACCAGAAGAGUGAUUAAGAAAUUCACGCUCCUUAAUGUGUUGGUAUUAGGUGACAGAAUUUUGAAACUAUUGAAAAUUCCAAGCCCUCUCUUUUUGCUUGUGCUCAUUGAAAACGAGCAAACUAAACUUAAAGUCUACAAGCAAUUGGCAACAUUUAAAAUUGCCAAUCAAACAUCCCAUUUGGAUGAAUGA